GCAAGCCGUGCCCGAGACCCCAAACGGCGUGACGCGCGCGCGAGCACGUAUAGCAAGCAAGCAGGCCGCGGCUUGAGGCACCGGCACUCACACUCUUGACUGGCACUGGCACCAUAGCAGCGUCUGCAGCAGCAGUCAAGUCACGGGUGGUCGCGACUUUUCCACCGAUCAGGACCGCCAGAGAGGGGAUUGACCCCCUCAGUACGGGGUUGGCCACUUUGAUUGAAGCGGUACCGCACCAGCUUUCAUUUCUACACCAGGCUCAUCCCAUGUCCCGCGCAUCUGCAGCUUCUAUCUGCCCCACGAUCUGCUCUUCAACUCUCACAUAGACUUCGACUGCCAUCGUACAGCAGCUCCGUCGAGCUAUCGUCUCCUUACACCGGCGUCAGGUGGAAGGCACGCCCGCUGAUUCUGCCCGGGACUGAUGGAAGCGUAUCAGUCUGCCAUUCCUCAAGUCACAUCUCCACACUCUUCGCUGUCUUCAAAAUGAUGUCUGCACCUGCUCCCUAUCCGGCCGUGGCUUCUCACGCGCCGGCACCCGACGACCACGAGAUCUCCAAGAAGACGCCAUCGAUAUGCGUCGACUAUCUCAGUCACAACUGGACUGACGAAGAUGUGUGGAGCAGCUGGAAGGCGAUGACAAAGCGCAAGAACGAGAUAGCAAAUGGUGUCAGGUUAGAGAAUGCGAGUUGGAGAACGUGGGCAAAGCAGCGUGGCAAGUUAAAGACUAUCAGUCCCGAGACUUUGAAUUGGUUGAAGGACAGUGAUGUGACUUGGCUGUAUGGGCCUUUGCAUGAGCAUGCAGACCCUGUACCUCCUCCUCGUGUGGCCACAGCCGGCGAACGCCUCGGUCUCGAUGACGACCCACGCCGAAGGAAGUCGAUCCUGAAGCAUCGCACUAUCUCCGAGAUGCUCACUACACCCGGUAGAAGCGCAAACGAAAAUGCGCUGCCUCUGAGUGCUGAAGUAUCACACGAGACAUCAGAGGACGAGACCGAGACAGAGUCCAGCACCCCAAGGCGCAAAGGCACCAGUUCUCUUGACGCGUCUCCAAGGCCAAAACCCGAGCCACUCCCCGGACAUUCGGCAACUCUUGAUUCAAGCUUGCCGACACUGAGGAAGAAUUUGGGCGGCAGUCCACCGCCUAGCGUGAGGCUCCCCAAUCAACCUGCGCUGGACCGGGCGGAUAGUGCAGCUAGCAGCAUUGCGCCUGAAGAGAAGCGCCACAUCAGCUUUAAUCAGCGGGUGGAGCAGUGCAUCUCGGUAGACGUCGAGGAGAUUGAGUACGAUGAUGAAGAGGAGGAAGAAGAUGAGGAGGAUGACGAUGAAGAUGACACCUAUAACGCUUCCAAAGCGGCCUUGCAAGCCCAAUCUACGCAAGGCUCCCGACCCGAUGGGCGCGAGGGCGAUACUGAAGAAGGAUCCGAGGACGAUGUGCUCACAAUGCGCUCCAGUCCGAGACAUUCCCCUUCGUGGCCCCUGACUUCGACAUCUGGAGCCUCAAGCCGCGUGUCUAGCCCAGGCGCGGAGCAUCACACGAUAGCAAAGCUAGCGCCCACCAUGCUGAAGACCAGCGAUACUUUUUCAUUGCCUUCUGCUCCCGUCGUCGACCCUAGCGGCUUUGGUGACAGCUUCAAGGCCUCCAGCAGCUCACGUGUAUCAGCGACUGGUGGCAACAGCUACUCUGGCUACGGUGAUGACGAAGAUGCUGGGACGAGGUAUAGCCAGUGGGAUGCAGACGACGACUUUGGGGAGUACGACUACUUUGACGGGCCAGAUGUGAAUGAAGGCUAUACUGGAGCUGCCGGCGGAUCAAAUUCGGACGCGUCGCCAUCUCCUCCAACCUCGCACGAAGACCCGGAAGCCACUGUCAGGCGCAUGGCUGCUGCCAUAGCUGCCAAGAAUGGUGGCCAGACGGUGAAACAUGCUUCGCCACCCGAAGAGAUGCCCCCCGGUACAUCUGCACCUGCAUCUGCUCCUCCGGCAAGGCGAAGCAUUCUGAAAAAGGGCGGGUCGGGUGGACAGGCUGUGUCCGACGAGCAUCAGCGCGAAGAAGUCUCCGCGGAAGCCUCCGCGGAAGCAAACGACGGAGACUACUUUGGCACUUCUCCCGCCAAGCUGCCGGCAGACGAGGCCAUCGAUGAUUUGUCCGACCCAAAAAAUACCGCACCAGCCAGUCGCGGUCGCUCAUCGCAGCGAUUGGGCACUUCGGCCAGCUACGAGCGCAUACAAGAUGCGACACGCGGUGGUUCGAGCUCUCGAACGCGAACCAAUUCCAACAACUCUUCGUCGAGCAACGCUUCCACCAGUCCUGAUGACCGAUUUGCUAAUUCGCACAGGUCGGGCGAGAGGCGAGAUUCAUUUCGCGGGCGAGCUGGAGAUGGCUCGAGAGCUAUGGACAAGUCAGGCUCGUAUGCAGCGGCGGCGGCUAGGGUAGCUGGUCACGAUGGCGAGGACUCGGAUGGACGCGCAUCGCUGGAUUUUGCCAGUCCAGGGUUUCCCGCUAGUCCACAGCUUGGCGAUGGCGAGAAUGAGAGAGCAGAAGAGGGCAAAAUGUAUGGCAGGACUGCUGGUGGUGACUCAAGCGUUUGGUCAGAUGGCAAGCCCACAGGUUCUCGAUCAAGCCCCUCCAAGUCCAAGUCGGCUGCACAUCGAAGGUAUCCCUCGGAUGAUGGGGACAAUCCAAGGGGACCGGACGGAGAGCGCCUCAGUCUUGAUGUUGAGCACUUGCCCAGCAACGACCCCAACCUUUCACCACCCUCUGCGCUAGGCGGCCCAACCCCACUCAAUACGCCCACCCUUGCGCUUGCGAGAAGUCGCGGCGGCGCACGGCCCUCACGCAAAGCGGGUUCGAGCGAGACGCAGCCUUCGAGCCCGACAGUGCCUCGACGGAGUAGCGCUACUGGCGCUAUAGUCGCGCCUAGCGAUGCCGAUAGACAAGCUGGCGUCAGGGUGCCGCUUUCCUCGGAUUAUGUGGAGGAAGAUGAAGGUGGGAUCGUUGGGCGUGCUGUAGAGAUGGUCAACACUGCAAGAGACCUCAUUGGAGCCUUGUGGGGCGGCGAUAGAGGAGCCUCUUGGCGCCAGUCCUAGAGGACCCGGCGAUUUACUGGCUCAGACAACACCUACAAUGCUGCGGGCCUUGGCCCACUCACCAUUGUUCGUCUUCGUCUUCACAUCGCACCUCCAACCAAGCUUUGUGUCGCACACUCGCACUUUUGCAGCUUCCCGCCCGCCCUCCAUCGACCCUUUUUCGCUGACUCCAAGCUACAUAUCAGCGCAGACUCUGCACAUUUGGCUCUUCUCACGCAAUGGUCUUCCCUUCACGAAAUGAAACACACUUCAUAGACUAUAAUACUAGG